AUGGCUGCUGCUGUUCUGUCACCCGUUACGGCGUUACACGACAAGUCGACACUCUCGCCGCCCAGCACCCCUUCGUCACGCCCCAAUGAGAGUGUUGACUGGGAGAGCAAAUACCAUGAGGUGUCUGAACUUUUGCAAGAGACACGUGCUGAACUUGAUGAGUUCCAAACCAGCUCCAAAGAGCUCGAGGAGGAGUUGGAGCGCGAGCUAGAGGCCACCGAACGACAGAUGACUGAUUUGCGAAACCGCGUUGAGCGGGUCGAGCGGGAACGUGACGACAGCAAGAACAAACUUACAAAUCUUCAAGGUACUCAUAAUACUACUGUAAACUCUUUACAGCGUGAACUUGAUGCCUUACGACAACAGCAUUCCCUGAUCAAGGUACAACUACGCGAACUCGAAGUUGGAAACGACGACCUGGAGCGAUCGGAGCGAGCUGUCAGCAGCUCACUUGCCGAUCUCGAAGGUCGCUAUGCUAGAGCGCUAGAGGAAAAGAUUAUGUUGGAGCAUGAGUUGCAGGACCGGGUUGCGCUGGAGGAAGAUAUGCAAAGACUGAAGGAUGAAUUACGAGAGGCCAACGAAGAGUCGACAAUCCUCAAGGAAAUAAAUACCCGUUUGUCGGAUCAGUAUACCGCCGCCGAUGAGCAGAAUCGCUGCUUGUCUGAUGAGAUAUCCAGAUUGAAGGAAGAAUUGGCCCAAACACAACAUCUCCUUGAGAUUGCCAAGACUCAACCUUCAUUCCCUUCGGCACCAACAACUGCCACCAGCUCAGCCAAAUCGGUUUCAUCCCAUGACUCACGCCCACCCACACCGUCCAAUACCUCACGCUCCUCCGACUUGCAACUCGAGGAUCUUGUUAUUAGGUCCCCAUCGGAGAAGGCUAAUGCAACCCCACGUGCCAAAGCUGGCGCGCUCGCCUCUCCAUCUAAGCCAUCCAGGCGAGCGAUAUCGGUCACACGUCGCCCAGCGACGGGCAUAGCCACUCCCACCACGGUGCGAACAGCGAAUACCCAAUCGGGACUUCUCCCCCGAAAUGGCCUCAGCUCGUCCAUUAAUGGUAACGGCACUCCCGAUCCCUUGCGACGGAGCACGAAUGGCCCAGUAUUGGCCUCACCAGUUCCCACUCGUUUGCCGGCAAUUCGCAAUUCUCCUGCUGUAGUUGCGCCCCGAUCGCGUAUACCAAAUGGAGCUCCUGCAACCAGUAGCUUAUUACCUAAGCGAGGGACGGCAGUGCAAAUGGUUGGCGAGAUGCGUGCAAGGGUGCGAACACUGGAGCAGAAGAUUAACCGAGUACCGCUACCUCGUAUCCGCAAUCCUUCGACUCGGUAUUCGGCCAAGGAGAAUGAGACGGAUUCUGUGAAGGAGAAGGCGAAGCCGGAGUGGAAGGGAAGGCGGAGUGUGGAUACUGCUCCCCAAGAUAGUCCUGGGUGGGUCAUUGUCACCGAUGGAUUUGGGAAGAAGGGACAGAAUCGUAUUCGAGCCAGCAAACAAUCUCAACACCGUCCAUCUUUCUCGAGUGAUCAUUCACGACGAUCGAUGCACGAGAGCCCACCACCUUCAGCCUUCCGGGGUGUUCCUGAGUCACAGAACGAAAUUCCGCCGUCGGGCCGAGCUACGCCCGCAUCGACCACUGGAUCAACUCGAGUAGUGUCCCGAUCAAGACCCUCAAUUUCUGGACGCACAACUCCAAGCUUUGGAAGCAACCCGACAAGCAUAUUUGGCAUGUCCCUCCGUCGACCAUCAUCCAGGAACUCGUCCAGAAAUCCAUUCUCCACAUCUGUAAAUGGAAGUUAUGACGGGCCGAGCUCGAUCCCUAUGCCACUCUCCGCUGCACCGAGCCUCGCCCGUAUCCCAGCCUCGCCCCUCCCCGCCCGCACGAGCAUAAAUCAAGAUCAUAACCCUUUUGCACGACCAAUCACACCGGUUGGCCUCGCGAUGUUGCCCCCUCCUGUCCCUGCCGACCGUAGCCCAUCGAAAUCCGAGAGUUUCAAUAUGCGAAGGUCCACCAGGACCCUUUCCAUGCAUCCGUCUGGUCAUACUGGACGUGGUACAGCCACCAAUCCCCACUUGCCGGGCUUGAGUGGCGCUCGUAAGGUGUCAUCCCCUCCCCGCGGAGGAGCAAAUCUAGGCGCCAGUCGUAUCGGACGACCCGGUUCGUAUGGACUCUCAGGGAAACAAUCAGGCAAAGACGACAAGAAGGCAAGUCCCUCGGGUCGAUUGCGGAGUGGGAGUGUCGGUUGGAACCGAGAGCGGUAA